AUGGCCACAACAAACAUUACAUCCUCAGCUAAUGGGAAGCAGAUGGUUGAAGUGAACGCCGAGAUUGGUCACCAUGCAGCAGUCCGUGGCACUCCAACGAAGGAGGGCUGUACGCAUGACUGGAUCGCCUACGUGAAAUUCGAUAGGAAUGAAAUUGUUGAGAAGGUCGAAUUCAUUCUUCAUCCUUCAUUCAAAAAUCCAAAAAGAGUGGUGAAAUCAGCUCCAUUUCAAGUUGUUGAAAGUGGUUACGGAGGAUUCAUGUUGAGAAUGAUCAUUUAUUUCAAGAUGAGCAAACUACGACAAACCAUUCCUUACGAUUACUAUCUGUUCCUAGGUGAAUCGAACAGAGUUUCUAACAAAGUCCUCGAAAGAUUUGCACUCCAGGGUCAAACUUCUAAGAGGGGAAGAGUUGCUACUAAGAGAAGGCCAGGCAGACCGAAGAAAAUGUCAUCUGAUGGCGAAUCUUUACAGUCCUCUCCGUAUUCAUCAUCGUCACUUCAGUCAUCAUCAUCGUCAAUAAAAUCCUCACCAUCAUCACUGUUUUCAUCAUCCUUACUAUUUUCCACGCAUUCUCCUUCAUCUUCACCGUUAACUCCGUCACCCCUUCAGUCAUCAUCUUCAUCCUCACUCGAAACAUCAUCUCCAUCCUCACUCGAAACAUCAUCUCCAUCCUCACUCGAAACAUCAUCUCCAUCCUCACUCGAAACAUCAUCUCCAUCCUCACGCGAAACAUCGCCAGCAUCAUCAUCAUCCUCAUCUCAGACAUCAUCAACUUUUUCAUCGUAUUCCAUCAACACGAGAAACAAAAAACGUAAAGCAUCUGAUGAAUAUUUUGAGUUCCAGCCACAGCAGACCUCCACUCCCAUGGACACCAUCAACAGCAGCAGGAUGAACACGAACGCAACAACCAACAGCAGCAUUUGCGGUUCACCUCCAGCUAAGAAACAAUUACAAUUCAGUACCUCAUUGGAUGGAUGUCGUAGAAUUUACGACGAUGAUGUCGUUGUUCCGACUAACGAGAUGAAAGAUCAACCACAACAACAACAGCAGCAACAACAACAAACAUCGGACGAAAACACCACCGCAAAAACUAACAUAGAGCCCAGAAUAGAAGAAUUAAUUGAAAUUCAAAAGAUGAUAACCUCAUUAACGAACGUGAGAUUAUUAAAGAAGGUCAUCGCAAUAAUUAAACAAUCAGGGUACCUAGUGGUCAACAAUGACACAGUCGAUUUUGACCUCGUUCAAAUGGAUGACCAUACAAUCGGAGACAUCAAAAAAUGCCUCAACAUGUAA